GUUAUUAUGGACUCUCUCUCUCAUGGCAACCUAUGCAAUUGGCAAAGGGAGAGGUUGCAACAGACGGGCAGAAAUCGCCGGUCCAUAUCUCCCUAUAAUUGCCUACACCGGCCACGCACCGCUCGUCACCGACGACGAUCCGAUGAAUCUGGCGGAGCAAACGGAGUUCGCCGGUGCAAAGGAAUUCGACAUCUGCUCUCCGAUGCUCGACCCCUCCUCCCCGCCGCCGUUCGGGACCUCGGAAACGGAAGCGAGGUCUCCGUUGCGAGCGUACGUCUCUCGAAAGCUUCGUUUUCUCGCUCUGUCAAUGGAUUUUCGCGCUCGGCGAUCGUCGUUCGCCGGAAUAUCAUAGUUUCGCCUGGCUUAGUGGCACAUGUGUUGCAUGCUUGACGCAUCUCAUAGUCACCGGACGCUGUUGUGCGCUUUGGUUUAUCAAUCGUUGGGAGAAGACACGAGGUUCUUACUGUCUCGACGAUUGAGAAAUUGGAGAAGUUGUGCGGGCAAAGAUGCUUCAUGUGCUAGAAACGUAGUUGCAGUAUCAAAGACGAAGCCUGCAAGAGGCCAGCCGGGACCGUUGAUUUAAGAGGCGGAUUUCUCAAGCAGCAUUGUACUGGAAGUUUAGGGUUCUCAGGUGAAGCUGAGCUAGGAAAUGAUCUGUAAAUAGGAGACGCUCGUGCGUCCUUCUUGUUGAAGAAUUUCUGGCAGUCGCGGUUUGCAAUGGCUUGCUGUGGACAUUGAUCUAUUCAUGUAGUCGUCCAAGUUUAAUGCUUUGGGAAAUUGUUCUGCAGCUUGAGUAAUGUUGGAGUAUUGAGUCCUUCCAGUGGAGAUAUGAGAAUAUGCCGGGAGGCAUUCUUUCCCUCCCUCUGGGAAAAGAGUGCGGAGAAGGAGAAGAUAAUGCUGCUAUUACUACUACAAAUGGAAUUUUAUUUCCCCUUAAGUUGGUCUCCGGUCUUAUAGACUCUAGACUAUAUAUUAGCCUGUGCAGUUUCCAAUGACAAUGACAUAUCUUUCCACCGGGAGUCGAGACAGUUAUGAUUCUGGUUGGUGUCACAAACUACAAUAAGGGUCAAUUGGAGUUCCUUCGGAAUCAGACGAUGACUAUGGUGGAUCUAUAAGCUUCGGAGAGCGAAAUGAGGUUGCUAUUCUUGGGAAACAAAAAGAGCUACUGAAUGACCGCCUUUGAUUUGAGCUUGAAGGCCCAACACAUGUUGAGCGUCGAUAAUCAUCUGUUCUAAACUUCGAGAGGGUUAAGAAUACUUAAGGACUUGGAAAAAGUUGAGAUAGUACACAUGAUGAAGAUUUUUAUGUGAUCCAUGACUUUGGGUUGAUGAUUUUUCUAAAGCAGGACGCAUCAGGAGCUCUCACUUGAUUGAGGAAUGGCUGAAGCUGUGGAAUUUCUAUCUGGAGUACAUUCUACAAGUUUGGAGUACUUAUCAGGCAUAAUGAGAGGCCUACUUAUGCUGUCUUCAUGGGCAGUUCAAACAUAUUGGAGCUUUCUAUCGGGGCCUUUAUCUCAAGCAAAGUCAGUAUUGGAGCUUUUCAUUCCCCUUUUGGUCGGUACAUUGGAUGACUGGUCUUACAUGAUCUGAAGCAUAAGAUGCUGUCUGAGGUUGGAAAAGUUUUAGGAAGCUCUUGCAUGGUUGUUACUUCAUGGGCUUUUGUUAUCAUCAUCAAGUUUAAUGAGUUUUAUUUUGAUCUAAAUGUUUGGCUAGUAGUAGAAUUAAAGGAUCCUCGGUGACAUUAUCUUGCCAAAAUGAGAUGUCUUGGUUGAAGUUUUAUCUUUUCACUUUCGUUUUCUCUGACUGUUGGUAUGCAUGGCUGCCACUUGUUUGGUUUGAUUUUGGUGGUUUGUGUUGGAUAUCCACAUUUUUGCUUGUUUUCGCACGGGCUUUUCUAGCUGCCACUGUGAGAACUCUUAAUUAAUCAAGGUAGUUCUAUAUCUUCAGUUAUUGUUCGCUUAUCUUUUUCCUGGGAAAGUUAAAUAGGAGCUUGCCCCCUUUUCUGUCCAUUUUCUCCCGAUUUCACCAUAUCGAGUUCAAUGAAAUUCUAAUUAAUACUGGAAAUAAAAUGGAAAAUGCGAUUGAUAAAUUCCUUUUCCUUUAAAGGCAUGUUUUGGGUUACCAUUCAUGACAGAUGGAGAAAGAGGGAACACGUGGUCGUGAGGCAUAUAUGAUAUUUAAGCGUUCCUCUAACAGUGCCUCAAUAUUUUCGAAAGAGGGGUGAAAAUUCAUCACAGAGGAAGCGGCGAAGAAGAAAGCUUUGUUUGGUGGUAAAGGAAAUCUGCUUGUUCCUGAUAUGGCUGAUUCUGGUAGAUCUAGAAUUAUCCCUGAUGGCUGGAUUUUCAAGCCCAAGGGCUGGCGUGGAUCUGAUGCCUCGCAUUACUUCUGUCCUGCCACAGGCCAAAUCUUUUCAACCUAUAAAGCCCUUAUGCACUAUGUGGAAUAUGCCAAAAAGGCAAAAGUUUCCAUUUACGCACCGGACUUUGAUGCUGAUAAUUCAUCAGGAAAGAGAAAAGGUCGCUCGCGUACUAAGACCCAUGUUUGUACACCAGCGACCAGAGGAGAAGUUCCAAGCAAAGGGACAAAGGCUACAUCGGCAGCUCUUGAGCAGCUUCCCUCAGAUGUUGGUCAGAUCACAGUUCCGAAGUCUGGAAUAAGUGGAACAUUUCCUCCUAAAAGUUGGGAAGAAGCAUGCCUGCCAGAUUCAAAGGAGGCUUCCCCAGCCGUCAAUAACAUCAAAGUUUAUCGCAAAAGGACACAGACUGGCUCAGGAGCUCUCAAGCAGCUUCCCUCAGAUGUUGGCCAGAGCAAUGUUCUGAAGUUUGGAAUAGGGGGAGGAUUUCCUCCUAAAGGAUGGAAGGAAGCAUGCCCUGCGGAUCCAGAAGAAGUUUUCCCAGCCGAUGAUCAGACGAAAGUUCCUCAAAAAAGGACACAGGCUGGCUCAGCAACUCUCAAGCAGCAUCCCUCAGAUGUUGGCCAGAGCAAGGUUCUGAAGUUUGGAAUAGGUGGAGAAUUUCCUCCUAAACUAUGGAAGGAAGCGUGCCCGGCGGAUCCGGAGGAACUUUUCCCAGCUGUCGAUCAGACGAAAAUUCCUUGCAAGAGGACACAGGCUGGCUCAGCAGCUCUCAAGGAGCUUCCCUCAGAUGUUGGCCAGAAAAAGGCUCUGAAGUCUGGAAUAGGUGGAGAAUUUCCUCCUAAAGGAUGGAAGGAAGAAUGCCUGGCAGAUCCAAAGGAGGUUUUCCCAGCCACCAAGUUCACUAAAGUUUAUCACAAAAGGACACAGGCUGGCUCAGCAGCUCUCAAGCAGCUUCCCUCAGAUGUUGGCCAGAACAAGGUUCUGAAGUUUGGAGUAGGUGGAGAAUUUCCUUCUGAAGGAUGGAAGGAAGCAUGCCCGGCUGAUCCGGCGGAAGUUUUCCCAGCUGUCGAUAACACCAAAGUUACUUGCAAAACGACACAGGCAGGCUCAGCAGCUCUCGAGCAGCUUCCCUCAGAUAUUGCCCAGAACAAGACUCUGAAGUUUGGAAUAGGUGGCGGAUUUCCUCCUGAGGAAUGGAAGGAAGCAUACCCAGUGGAUCCGGAGGAAGUUUUCCCAGCCAUCGAUCACACCAAAUGUACUCUCCAAAGGACACAGGCUGGCUCAUCAGCUCUCAAGCAGCUUCCCUCAGCUGUUGGUAACAUCAAGGUUCCGAAGUUUGAAAUUAGUGAAAAUGUUCCCUGUAAAAAGCGGAAGGAAGCAUACCCGUCGGAUGCAAAGGAGCUUUCCCCAGAUGUUAAACAGACCAAAGUCCCAAUGGUAGCAAUGAAAGCAGAAUUUCUUCCGGAAAGGAGGGAGGAAGCUUGUUGGCCAGAUCUGAAGGAGCUUUCCCCAGGGGGUGAUCGCCCCAACGACCAGAGGUCAGCGUUAGGAGUAGAAUAUCCUCCCAAAAGGCUGAGGGAAGGUUAUCUGCAGCUUUCCCCAGCUGUAGAUCAGACCAGCAUUUGGAGCACGCCAGCUAGGGAGAAGCUUCCUCCUAGAAGAAAGAACUCCAAAUUAGGGGCCAUCGACGAGAGUGAGGUAAACAUCGGCUCAAUGGACAUGAAUCCCAUGGGGGAUUUCGGUGGUGUUCAACAGUACAUUCCAGUUGAAGGGGGCUCAAGCGAGACAGCUUAUGACUGGACUUUUGUAGCAAAUAUUUUCCCCUUCCCAGCCGGGUCUGAAGCAGGUGAGGAACCCACCAUCUCUGCCCUAGACAGUAGUUUCCAAUGUUACAUGGAGCCGAGCAGGCCAUACAUAGAGCAUCAAUAUCACAGGAGAGACAAGAGCACUCGCCCGACUGUUGGGCAACUCAGGAAAAAGGCAACUUGAAGAUAGCUUCUCUAUUAGUGUUUGCCGAGACUUUCGACUGCCCAUCUCUUGGACUUAUUCAUAACAAGAGGAGAAACUCUAUUAAUGUCAUUUACCCUACCUGCUUUUUAACUUCUAUCAGACAUAAGAUUUCUCUGGUAAACUUUAUGCUGUUCCGGAGCUUGGCUUUCUCCAGGUAGACUUAUUUAAGUAAUCAACUAUUUUGAAUCCUCACUUCCAAUUAGCUUGAAAUUUCUGCAUAUGAUUCUGACGAGUGGAACAGGAAUAGGCCCUUGGUAA